AUGGAAGCUAUCAUUAUUGAAAUUUUGAAUAAAAGAGCAAUGAAGGGUCAACAUGGGGAGGCAAAUAUGUCCUUCUGGGAUGAAAAGAUGAGGGGGCAUUGGAAUGGCUUGAAGAUUCCCCCUUACAUUGGACCAGGGCCUAAGCUAGGUAAAGGAAAUAGGGAAACUUGUGUUUGGAAACCACCUAAGAAUGGAUGGUUUAAGAUAAACUUUGAUGGAGCUUCCAGAGGUAAUCUAGGACAAGAUGGCAUUGGAUGUUCUCUUCACAACUCAGAUGAGACCGUGGUGGCACGGAGAGCGAAACCAAUAGGCAUGGAAACUAACAAUAGGGCAAAAUCCAUGGCGCUAGUGGAAGGGCUCGAAAUGUGCAUGGCAUCAGGAGUGGAGAAAUUGGUUGUUGAAGGGGAUUUGACCAUUGUAAUCAAUGGUAUGAAAAAAGGAUCCAUCCUAAACUGGAGGUUAGAUGCGUUGCUCAAUAGAGCUCUAAACUUGAGCAAGGCCUUCAAGAAGAUCAUAUUUAAUCACAUCUUCUGCGAGGGUAAUUUUAAGGCUGAUCAAUUAGCUAAUAUGGGAGCAGAUGGUAUCUACAUAGAUUAA